AUGAGGCGCUCUCGAAGGGUAACGUCUCGCAGCGGGACCUUCAAUCCCGAGGAUGUGAAGCGUGUUAGCCAUACUCGUCUUGGGGUCUGGGACCUAUACGAGGAACGCGCGCAAGUGCUCGGCUUACGAAUACCGGGAACCUCAAGAUUAGAACAUUAUCUAAGCGUAUCCCAGAGUCUUCCGUAUGUCUGGAAAAUGCUCAAGGACAUCUCAGGAAUACAAAACUGCUGGUUGUUACUGCUCCUGUACUUGACCGUUGAGUUUAUCAAAGCGCUCCUUCCCGCCACUUCACUAUGGUACUCCGGGCAAUUGCUUGGGAUUGUCCAGACGGCUGUGGAGUCACGCACAGUGGACAAGAACUUCUUGCUUCAUGUCUCGAUCGGUCGCAUAGCAUGCGCGAUCACAGAACGACUUCUUGAUUACGCAAAACGCAGUAUCUCAUUUCCACUCCAGGCGCGCCUCAAACAACACUAUGCGGUUCACCUCUUUCAGGCACGCGCACGGCUCGAUCUUCCCACCUUUGAAGACCCGGCUGUUCAACGACAGCUCGAAGAUGCCAGUGGUACAUCAAGGGGAAGCAUCGCUUGGACCACUUUCCAGAUGAUCUCGACGGCUGGUUCGACUGCUGUUCAAAUCGUUUCACAGACCACUGUUCUUGCUAGGAUUCUCAGGGAGCAGCAGGACGGCCCUCUCUUGGCGUCCAUUUCCCUUCUUCAGUCUGUUUUUGACUGGCUUGGCGGACGUAGAGGCAGUAUGGGCAGCAACAACAAAAAACGAGGACUACAUCAGAAUGCAAGGCUUAAAACAUCUGAAUUCAAGAGGGCAGCGCAGCGUGUUGGUGACAAGGCCGCUGAUUUCUGGGAGAUUGUCCGAGAGCAGCAGUUUCACGAAAAACUUACUCUGACGUCCCUGCUGAAAGAUUGCUGGCGUGAACUUCCUCAAAUUGUGUUCGCUCUCCGCGCCGUCCAGCACCCGGCGCACAUUCCUGUUUCGCUUGCUUCGCUCAACCUCAUUCAGGGUACAACACAACGUUUCGGUUUUACCAUGUACCGCUUCAUGGAACAGUUCGGCUCGAUCGCGGACCAGCUCGGAAAUGUACGCAAGCUCUACGAAGUGGUGAAUAUUUCGAACAAGAUACCCGAUGGGACUGUCCCUUUCCCGGAGGUUGCGCAGAAAGUCAAGACUGGGGUGUCUGUCGAGUUCCGGAACGUGUCAUACCGGUAUCCUGGAACGGACGAAUACGCCAUUCGCGACGUGUCCUUCAAAGUCGGCCCCGGGGAGUUAUGCGUCAUAGUCGGUGCCAACGGAUCAGGCAAGAGCACCAUCCUCAAGCUCAUCGUGCGACUGUAUGACCCAGAAGAGGGUGAAAUACUGAUCAACGGCCAAGAUAUCCGCACAUUGAAAUUGGCGGACCUCCGCCAAGCUGUAUCUGUGCUCUUCCAGGACUACACGCACUUCCCGCUCUCCAUUCGGGACAAUAUUGCACUCGGGAACCCGUCUGAAGCAGCGAACGAUGAGCAUGUCCGCUUAGCGGCCCGGCUAGGCGGCGCAGAAGAGUUCAUAGAGCGCCUUCCAGAGGGCUUUGAUACGUAUCUCAAUCGCCCGGUCAGCGACUACUACUCGGGACUACCUGAAGGCACGCACAAGCUCUUUGGGCGCCCCGUCGACUAUAGCGCGAUGCGUUUCGUUGGAAACAUGAGCGACAAGAGCACCCAUGGGCUCAGCGGCGGGCAGAUGCAGAGGCUUGCUGUAGCCCGCAUGUUCAUGCGCUCAAUCGUUACAGAAGACUCGCCAGUCGGUCUGCUGCUUUUCGAUGAACCGAGCGCCUCGUUAGAUCCAACCGCAGAGCACGACUUGUUCGCGAGAUUGCGCGAUCUGCGGGGCAACAAGACGAUGAUUUUUUCAUCACACAGAUUUGGCAAUCUUACUCGACAUGCCGACCUCAUCCUGUACAUCAAUGAUUCUGUGAUCGUCGAGACUGGAACGCAUAACGAAUUGCUCAAGCAUGGGGGAGAAUAUGCAAGAAUAUGGAGUUUGCAAGCAGAAGCAUUUUUGUAAUGACACACGUCGGAGGGUCUGUGUCUCCAAUGAUUGCCUACCGUGACAGCCGCAAUGAACACAUCCCAAAGCAACGCCUAUGAUAAUUAAUGGUUAUACAUGUU